GUCUGUGGUUGGCCCAAGCUAACAAGCGUCAGCAGCGCCGUCACAGUCAGCGUGCCAUUUCGUUUUCCCUCCUUUUACGUCGAAACAAAUUAAAAUUGUUUAUCUUCGCAAAUUCACCAUGAGGAAAAUAUCCAAAAGUCGUGCAGAUGACGAUGUUGUAUCGUCAACUAAUGGAUCUAUUGCAAAUGACGAUCAAGCGACAGAUGCCGAGCCACCAACUGACCAAAAUGAAAAGGAGGUAGAGUCGGCGAACGAAAGCGUCGACCAAAGCAUCGAUGAUAAUUCCGAUGCUACGCCACCUAAAAAGAGUAAAGGAAAUAAAGGAAAAGGUAAAAAAAGGAAAUCUGAGAAAGAGACGGAAGAAGAAUACGAGGUUGAAAAAAUAAUUGAUUCCAAAAAAAUCAAAGGGAAAUUGCAUUACUUGAUACGUUGGAAGGGAUACUCUGCUGACAGUGAUACUUGGGAACCUGAAAACACUCUAUCUUGUCCUGAUUUGAUCAACAAGUUUAAUGAUGAGAAAGAAAACUCAAAAACUAAAGAAAGUAAACCAGGUAAAAAGAACAAUAAACGGAAGGCAGCAGCAAUCAAGGAAACUAAAAAGGUUGCAAAAAGAAGUAAAAAUGAUUGGGACAGUAAAAGUGCUGAUGAAAAUGCAGAGUAUGAGGUUGAUCGCAUCCUAGAAGUUCACCACAAGAAAAAUGGAAAAAGGGAUUUCCUCAUUCACUGGAAAGGAUGGUCCAGCAAAUUUGAUUCUUGGGAACCAGAAAGCAACUUAAAUUGUCCAGAAUUGAUUAAAAAAUUUAUGGAUAAGGUGACAGUAGCACGCUCUUCCGAUGCUCGUAGCCUAAGAGUAGCUCCGGAGACUACAAACCGUUUCACAUUGCAAGAUCCGUCUUCAGGCCGCAGGUUGAGCAAGAGGAGAGGACAGCGUCAAAGAGUGCGUUACGACAAUGCCGAGUAAUUAUAUAUUUAUUUACAUUCUUUAUCAGGUUAUUGUACAUUCAUUCACUACCAUGAGGAAUGUUAUAUAAAAUUUAAGCUUCGCGAAUAGUUUGAAAAACAAUUGUUAAUAAUUUCUAUUGUUAGUAGUUGCAAUAGAAUAAAAGUUUUAUUUUAUUUUUAAAAUCCUAGAGCUUCAGAUGAUAGGCGUUAAACGUACGUUUGCAACUUGCACGAAUUUGUAUGAUGUCAUCUUUGUGCAAACGUACACGCGGCCACAGUGUUCGUAUCAUAACAAACGUCUAUUAAUAAGUAAAUGUAAUCUGUGCAAACAUACAUACUUUUUUUAUAGACAUCAAAAAUGAUAAAAUAUGGCUCAAAGCACAAAAAUCUAAGAUGGACACACUGAAAUAUGAGUAUCCCCAAUUCCCCACCCUUUUCUCAGAUUUAUUAACUCAAGUGGAUUGGGGAUAUUUAGCAA